UUUCCAUUUUCAGACUAAUGAUCCAUUUAAUCGUUGCUCAACCCCAUUCGCCAACAUGACAUCAUCGUCGUUCAAUCAUGGUCACAUUCCACCUCACAAUUAUCCGCCCCAUCAACGACUUCCACCCAAUUUUCCGCACGCUGCAGCAGCCCACAAUUAUUGGUAUUCGCAGCAACAUCAGCCACCUCACCACAAUUGGAUGAUGAAUCCCUACAUGAGAAAUCGUCGUGGCUCUUACACCGAUGCUCAAAUGCUUCCAUCAUCAGUUCCAUUCAAUCGAAACAUCCAAAACGAGAAACAUAAAUUGUAUGAAGAUUCAUCACCACCACCGAAACGAAAAAGAAAAGCAAAGUCUGAUACCCCACCAAAGAAUGAUCCUAAAGACGAGUUAAUGAAGAACAUCACGCCGCUUCCCGGAUUUCUUCAAACUUUCGGUGGAACAGAAAUUGGAAGAUUUUCCGAAGCUUUCUUCACGUCUUCAGAAAGUCCAAAUCCUUAUUACAAUAACAGCAUCGAAUCAGAUGUCGAGAGCCCACAACCAUGGGAUUUUGAUUCUCUUGAUGGUCCCAUUAACAUGCAAGCAGCUUUCCAAGUAUAUGGCAGUGAAACAGAACACGAUUCGCCAAUCAAUAAUUUUAGUGAACUCAUU